AAGCGCAGGUUGGGUUGUCGUUAUACAACCGAGUUAGUCGGCGCAUACGACGCUGCUCGUACAGACAACUGCGCAGCGUUCAAGCGAGAAAUAGCGAUCGCGGAUAAAACAUGACGUCGGACAUCAACGAGUGGUACCGAGGCCGCAAGGUCCUGGUGACAGGAGCCUCCGGCCUCAUGGGCAAGGUGCUGAUAGAGAAGCUGCUGUACUCCGUGCCCGACGUGGGCUGUGUGUAUGCACUGGUGCGGAGCAAGCGCGGCAAGACGCCCGAGUCGCGGAUCGAGGACAUGUGGAAACUACCCUUAUUCUCAAGGCUUAGAGAAGAGAAACCACAUGUGAUGAAGAAACUAAUCCCCGUGACGGGAGACAUCAGUUACGAUAACCUCGGGAUCGAAGAUCAGAUGUUGAACAAACUUUAUAACGAGGUAUCAGUAGUAUUCCACUUCGCAGCCAGCCUGCGCCUCGAGGCACCGUUGAAGGAAGGGCUGGAAAUGAACACGAGGGGUACUCUGCGUGUCAUCGAGAUGGCCAGGAGAAUGAAGAACCUGGCAGCUUUUGUGCAUCUCUCGACUGCAUUCUGCUAUCCUGACUACGAGAGAAUGGCUGAAAAGGUUCACGACCCACCCCACAACCCUCACGAGGUCCUUCGCGCCGCGGAAUGGCUGACCGACGCCCAGCUGAACCUCUUAGCCCCCUCCAUAAUGAACAUGCAUCCCAACUCGUACCUGUACUCCAAACGGCUGGCCGAAGCGUUGGUGAGGGAGGCUCAUCCCGAACUACCGGUGUGUGUAGUUCGACCCAGUAUAGUCACCCCCUCAUACAAGGACCCGAUACCAGGCUGGGUGGACAACCUUAACGGGCCCAUCGGGCUAAUGGUGGGCGCCGGCAAGGGCGUCAUCCGCUCCAUGCACUGCUACGGUCAUUACCACUGCGAGGUCAUCCCCGUGGACAUCGCGAUCAACGCCAUCAUCGUCAUAGCUUACAAGAUCGGCACGCAGACGGAACGGUCUCCAGAGCUCCCGGUCUACAACAUAACGACCGGCGACGACAGGGACACAACUUGGAAACAAGUGCUGGACAACGGCAAGGCGACCAUCCGAAAGUACCCCUUCGAGGGCCCCCUGUGGUACCCCGAUGGUAACAUUCGGCACAACAAGUUCAUACAUAGCCUGUGUGUGUUCUUUUACCAUCUUGUGCCUGCUUAUUUGAUUGAUUUCCUGAUGCUGAUAUUUGGACAGAAACGAUUCAUGGUUAGAAUCCAAAACAGAAUAUCCGUAGGCCUCGAAGUACUCCAAUACUUCACAACCAGGGAAUGGUGGUUUGACACCAACAACUUCAAGGCUCUACCGAAGUCACUCAACGCUGAGGACUUCAAACUGUUCCCUAUGGACCUGACCAUUAUUAAAGACGAGCCGUAUAUCGAGAGCUGUAUGAUUGGCGGGAAAUUGUACUGCUUGAAGGAGAAAAUGGAAAAUCUGCCAAAAGCGAGGCUGCAGAAUAACAUUCUAUGGGUGUUAGACAAGCUGGUGUCCGUGUUCUUCUACCUGGUGAUCGUGUACUGGAUCGCGUCCUACUUCGAGCCCGCACGGGAGCUACUCUCCUACGUCCCUCUGGUGCGGUACCUGCCCCUCGUCGGGAAGGUUGUGUUUCCUCAAUAGACAUUAAGGAGAAAACGUAGUCCCAUUUUACUUUCUGGAUAUUACCAUUACAGAAAAUAUCUUUAGGUACACAAUUUGAUUGUAUGUUAGCCACAGCUAUGCCCCUUCGUUUGAUUUUCUUUUAAGGAGCCUUUAAAAGUGGUGUUUGUUUUCCACUUCUAACUGUAUAUCAAAACAUCACAAAAAGUAUGGGGGUAGCUAUGGUUAAUACACAAUAUAAAUUUCCAUAGGUAUAAAGAUAUUUUCCAUAAUAUCAAUAUGCAGGGAGGAAACUGAGGACUACGUUUGUAUGGAAAAGUGUUCGUCCAUUAUCCUCUUAACCAAUAUUCAUAAAACUUAACGCUUCUUAGGCCCACUUGUACCAUUCCACUAACGCGGGGUUAACCGGCAAAAGUGGAGUUACCAUGAUUACCAGUACAAUUUGACACUGGGUUGACGGUUAAAUCGCUUAACCCCGGGUUAGUGGGAUGGGGCAAGUGAACCUUAUUAGUUAAAAUGCGCAUAAUGGUUGUGUUUACCACGUGAUAAAGGCAGAUACUUACAGUACUUUACUUUUGUUACUCGAUAAAUACUGGUAACCUUUUAGAUUAAAACUGUAACUUUACUGACGCAAAUGAGCUUGAUAACCGUUCAUAUCAAAACAACUAAUUUUGGUUUGUAAUUAAUUAAACUUUAUACUAUCUUAAUGUCAAAAGUAGCUAAAAUAAUAAUUUUAUCCAAUUGUUGGUACUUAAAUAAUGGACUUGCAAAAACGUGUGUACCUAGUAUUAGGUAUUACAUUAAUAAUUAUGACUACUACUGUUUAUUUUAAUAUAGUUACCAUUUAUAAUCAUUUUGUAAUUAAGUAUUGUAAAUACCUGUAACUACUUGUUUGUACAUUUGCUAGUAUACGUAAUCGAUAAGUUAAUUACAGUCAAAGUACUUUGUUUUUCUACAUUUACCCCAAUGCACCCUGCAUUGGGGUAAAUGCGAAGGCGGGGUAGUUCUGAAACUGGCAAAUAUCUACUAAACUAGAAACAGUUCAUACUUUAGCAACACUUACGCCGCUGCAACGCUUACAUGGCAUCUUGCGUACUGUUGCUACAGUAGAAAGUGUUUCUAUUUUAGUAGAUAUUUGUCAGUUUCGGAAUUACCCCGCCUUCGCAUUUACCCCAAAGCACCCUAGCACAUUUAAUUGUGUGUGAACGUAUUUUGAAAACUCAAAGUUACUUUUAUUAUCAGCUUUAAUCGUUAUAUCAUACAUAUUCUGUAAGCGUAGUAUUUUGCUAGAACACUAUAUGUUACGUUUGUAUAUUUUGUAAUAAAGUACCUAUUCAAGUUA